AUGAAAAGAAGCCAGACAAAUCACCUUAAUGUCAGUACAUCGCAACAUGAUCUUUUAGCAAAGCCUUAUGGAUUUUGUUGUGAUAUCAAAAACCAAGAUUCAAAAUUACUCUCAUCAAAAGACGAGUCAGUGUCAUUUUUUCCUUCAAGUGAUCCAAAUGUUGGAGGACCUGAUAUUAAAUUUCGUAUUCAAGAACAUGACGAUAUCUUACCUUUCAUUCAACGAAGUAUUCAAAGAAAUACCCAACGAACAGGUCUUCGAAGUGGACAACGAAGUGGACUUCGAAGUAAAUAUCGAGAUAUUCAUCAAAUCAAUUGGAGUGAUCAAUCAUAUGGCCGACGACGUCGUAGAGACAUCAUCUAUCGUGGUAUAACUGAUGCCGACAAACAAGAUAGAUCCAUUAAACCUUUAGGUGAAUUAAUGAUAUGUAAACGAUGCAGAGGACCGCUUCAGUGGUAUUUAGAAGAAGAAAUAGCAGCCGCUCAUGAAAUUAUGAUGAUUAGGAGGCAAGAAAUGCAUAAUGCAGAAAUGGAGAAAAAUAUUAAAAUUGCUAAAAUAAAGGGUACACAAUACAAUUUGAUUGUGCAAAUAAAUUUUUACAGUAUACGUGUUUAA